GCAUUUACUCACUUUUUUUACAUACCUACUUUCUUAACAUGCGAUAAAGCUCUCGUGUGAAAUUUAAAAUAUAGUGCGGAAGUAAUGCGACAUUUACUUUCGGAAAAGAUGUGUACUGGUACCCUGCAGUAAAUCCACCUGUUUCAAAACUGAGUACUGAAAAACUGGCCGUAAAAAAUCGUUACAGAGCGCUCCCCUAAUUUGUAGUUUUCAAUGGCUUUGUGAAUAAACAGAAUUCUGCGUUUGAAGUGACACUAAUUUACAGAUGAUUCAUCAGAUUUAUCACACUGAAGUAAAAAUUUAGAUGAACUGUGAGAUAAGGUUAAAAUGAAAGUGUCGACAUAUACGAGUAUACCUAACUUUUGUAAGCAAAAAUUAAAUAUUACAUGGAGGAUAAUUGAAAAUAGAAUAGAAAGAAAAGUGUUGUUUGUAAGCAAAAAUAUAUAAAUAGCCCAAUAACUGAUUCUGAUUCUGAUAACUGCAUAUGCGGGGCCUUGAUUCUCCCACCCGUGGAUAAACAACGAAAAAUGAAAUGUUUGUUGCAGUUUGUCGACUACAAUAUGCUAAUAAGCUAUUCGCGUUUAACCAACAACGUUCAUUCUCCUGGACCGAAAAUCUCGACAGAAUGGAAUAAUACCACCACGCCAGAUCAUCCUUGUAUACUAAAUAUGCAAAAUUUUCUUUCAAAUUCAAAUAACCCUUCAAUUGAUGCCAAAUGCUGCGAACUUCAACUGACAGCGACUCCAAAGCCUAGAUGUGUGACAGGAUUCAAAACUCAUGUUGAAGACGUUACACUGGAUGAAGUAUCAACAAUUUUGAAUGUUCCUAAUGUUGCUGGAAAUCGGAAAGAGAGAACUGCGUUCACCAAAGAACAAAUAAGAGAAUUAGAAGCAGAAUUUGUGCAUUCAAACUAUUUAACACGCCUUAGAAGAUACGAAAUAGCUGUCGCUUUAGACUUGACAGAACGUCAGGUUAAGGUGUGGUUUCAAAACAGGCGCAUGAAAUGGAAGCGUCUUAAACUGGAGUCUCAAGCUCAAAAUACGGUUGAAUUUCGACAAACAAACACUCAAAUGGUUAUUUAA